AUGCAAAAGAAGUGACUUCUAUUGUUGAUGUUAACAUCUAUCAGUCUCUCUCUCAGAACUAGAAACGACCAACCCUCAAUUAACGCAAUUGAUAUAGCUCAAAAUACAGCAUUUACUCAAAUGGAGCAAAGCACGACAAGCACAGGGGGAUCAUCUGAUAGCAAUGCACCUAUAGAAAUUGAAAGUUCAAGUACUUCAACGACAAUUACUCAUAGUACUAAACCAGAUUGGCCUGUAGAAGUAGAAGUUGAGGUAAGCGGAGGCGUACAAGAAGAUAACGAUCGUUAUGUAUCUCUUACCAUCACUGUAGAAGUUGAUGUUGAUGGGCCUGGAAAUGAUUCCGAAGAGCCUGAAGAUACAACUGAGCAAGAGGAAGCUGCUGCAGAGACCUCAACUGAAGAAACCGAGCAGGAUCAGGAAGUAGAGGAAGAAGAAGAAUAUGUAGAAGAAGCUGCUGAAGAAGCUGAAGAAGAGGCCGAAGAGGUUGAAGAAGAAGCUGAAGAAGAGGCCGAAGAGGCUGAAGAAGAAGCAGAAGAAGAGGCAGAAGAGGCAGAAGAAGAAGCAGAAGAAGCAGAGGAAGAAGCAGAAGAGGCAGAAGAAGAAGCAGAAGAAGAAGCAGAAGAGGCAGAAGAAGAAGCAGAAGAAGAAGUAGAGACUGUUGCUGAAGAAGAAAGUACUGAUGAAGAAGAGGAAAUUAACUGCCCUGACAGUGAUGUUGCCGUUACUGCCUGGAAAGAUAUGACCUCAAAACAUAUCAGAGUUUACAGAUCUGCUGAUGGACAAGUUACUGAAGAAUGCAACGAUGACGCCUAUUGGUAUACUGGCUCUUUCAGUGUUGAAGGUCAAACAGUAUCUGCCACAUCUUGGGAAGGAGGCUCCAUCAGAGUUUAUAUAGGAAAUGAAGGCUACCUCUCUGAGUGGUGUUGGGAUGGCAACGGAUGGUAUGAAGGUGACUUCAUAGCUGAAGGCUGCAUAACAGACGUUUACAGUGAAAAAAAUCUUGGAAGAGUUAUUAUAAAGGUCUAUGUUUUAGACUUAGAAGGAAAAUUAUCUGAAUACACUUGGGAUGAUGGAUGGUCUGAGACCUUUGAUUUUUCUAAGGAUCGACCUCAGAGACUUCAAUUAGACCCUCCUCCUCUUCCUUCAACAUCUGAAUCAGCAAGUGGCUCAGGUGAAGACUGCCGUGAAAAUGAUGUUGCCGUUACCUACUGGAAUGGUCUUUUAGGAGAAGACCAUAUCAGAGUUUAUAAAUCUGAUAAUGGAAAAGUCGUCGAAGAAUGCUUUGAUGGACUUGGCUGGUAUGAAGGAUCGUUUAAUUUCGAUGGACAAACUGUGUCUGCCACAUCUUGGGAAGGACACAUCAGAGUUUUUGUUGGAUUUAAAGGAUUGAUCUCUGAAUAUCAAUUCGAUGGACUAGGAUGGCAUGAAACUGACUUCGAAGCUGAGGGUUGCGUGUCUGAUGUAUUCAGUCAUGAAUUCUUAGGCAGAUAUAUGAUGAAACUCUAUGUGAUUAACUUACUUCUAAUUGUGAGUGGGAAGAAUAUUUGAAAAAUCCCUAUUUUUCUUGCAAAAUCCCACAGUAUUUAAUAUAAAAACUUUAUUGAAAUUUAAACAGCUUCUUAAAAUAUUUACUUUAUAAAUUAAAUAACUUUUUUUCUUUUCAACUUUCAAAUUGGGAUUUUUUUAAUAAUAAAAAAUUUAAAAAACAAAACAUUAAGCCCUCCUUAAAGAACAAAAAAAUUUUCACAUUUCGGAAGCUGAGUUAGAAGGAAAGCUAAUUGAAUAUACUUGGGAUAGAGAUUGGGAAGUAACUACUGAAUUUGAUGAAGACGAAGAAGUCGAAGUUACCUCAACUGAGGCGACAGAUAGUGAAGAGAGCUCAGAUUCUGAUGAAAGCAGCGACAUCGAUAUUAGCAUUAAGUUAGCUUAUCGAGAAGUUUCCAUAGUACCGGCUAUGUGCAUCUCCACUUGCUUAGUUGAACCGUCUACAGCCGCUCCAUCAGGGGUUAACUCUUCUUCGCCUGACGCUCACUUCUAACAGACUAUGAAGUGGACUGGGUAACUGUGCCGUAUGCCAGACGAGGCUUCCUUCACAAAAUUCAAAAAAAUGAAAUUACUGGCUGGCUGUCAGCAAAAUUAAAAACUUGUAAGCCUAGAAUGCUCGCUGAGCUUCCCCCACUUUCCCUUGGGUUUAAAUUCAACUCUGAAAGUAAAUUAGGCUAGGCCCUUAGUGAAUUAGGAUUGCUUAGAGAAAUUGCUGUCCAUUCCUGGACUGGUAAAACCUUACAAGUAUAAUUAAAAUAUGUGCUCGAAGCUGCGUUCCGGAGACCAUGCCCAGGCUGAGAUACCAUAUUUUAAUUAUGAUAAAAGUAGCGAAACUGAUGAAAGCUCUGAAACAGAGACAGAAGAAACUUCUGAAACUACAUCAGUAUCUGAAGAAACCACAACAACUACAGUCACUACAACUACUACAACCACCACUGAAAGUGAGUCCACAACCGAAGAAACUGAUGAGGACACUUCUGAUGAAACUUCUGAAGCUGCCCCACAGGAAGCCCAAACAGAAGAAACUGAUGAAGACGCUUCUGAUGAAACUUCUGAAGCUGCCCCACAGGAAGCCCAAACAGAAGAAACUGAUGAAGACGCUUCUGAUGAAACUUCUGAAGCUGCCCCACAGGAAGCUCAAACAUCAGAAACAAUCAGUGAGUCAGAAACCACCAGUGAAUCAGAAAGCUCAACUGAAGACUCUCAAGAAGCAACCCCAGAGACUUCCACAACUGAAGAAUCUGAAGAAGCAUCAGAAAGUUCAUCUGAAAGUGACUCGACAACUACUGAUACCGAAGUCACAACAACAGAAACUACCACAACUGAAAGCGAAACCACUAGUAGUGAUAGCGACGAAUCUGAAAGUGACGAUUCCUCAGUAUGCGCCACAAUUUCUAUGUCUGCAACAGCUUGGGAAACUCCUUUGCAGAGACAUAUAAGAGUCUAUCAAGUUAUAGACGGAGAAAUCAUUGAAAAAUGCAAAGACGGAAGCCCUGAAUGGUACAUAGGAGAUUUUUCAGCUGAAGGAAAUACAGUCUCUGCAACUUCUUGGGAUGGAGGAAUAAGGGUUUAUGUGGGAUCUGAAGGGAAUAUCAUAGAGCAUGUUUGGAAUGGAUUUGAGUGGACUAUAGGAGCUUUUACUGCUAGAGGCUGUCUUACUGAUGCAGUCAGUUGGACAGAACCACUCGGUCCUAUAAUUAAAGUUUACGUCGCGGACUCUGAAGGAAGAUUAACAGAAUAUACAGGAAAUGGGCUUGGACAUUGGAAUGCGAAUGUUGUCUCAACAGAUUAA